UUCCACAACUCGUUGCUUUUUCCUUAGGUAGUCUCAUGUCAAUCCUAAAAAUUAAAAAACAUCUCAUGCCCAAUACAAUUCUAGCAGCAGUUCCAUGAGAGGGAUGGGGUCUCAUGGAGUUAAUCAAAGUUCUAGAGAUGAGGAAACAGACACAGGGAGGCAAGAUGAAAUGUUUGAGGUGAGACCACUUCCAUGGAUAGUAGAGGAGCCACUGAUAACCUUAUCUCAUUCCUAAUGUAGGAGGCCAGCCUAUCUCUCUUGCUUUGUGUUCUGCUCUACUAAGCACAGUGGACUCUCAGUCAAUAUUAUCCCAAGAUACAUUGAGAGUUUUUUUAUUUAGUUUGGGAAAAUAUGAAUUGAGUAAUUCUACAACUCAAGAAGAGAGGAGUUAAGAAAAGACAUGGUAGGGCUCUUGAAGAGAAUAGAGCUCCAUCAUCAUAGCCUAAAUAUAAGUAGAUAGGUAGAUAGGUAGGUAGCUACAUACAUAUAUACAUAUACAAUCUUUUGACUUUUCUGACUAUUUCUUUAAAUUAGGCUACUUUCUCCCUGGUCUUAUUUUCUUUUCCAGCAUUCCAUUCAUGUGCUUUUGCCUGCCACUGAGUCUCCCUUAGUUCGUGUUUUAUCUGGCUUAUUUGGAUACCUAUUCACAUCUCACUAGCUAACCUUACACCUCAGGCAAAUAAUUUUAUGUUUCUGAAAUCUAUAUUGACACCAUUAAAUGAAACCUCUAGAUUCUCUCUAGCUUGAACCGAGAGCAGAGUAAAGUAACUCAUUUGGGAAGGAGCUGAGGCCCAGAUGCUCUGGCUAGUGAAUGUGGUUAUACUCAUUCCAUUAACUAUUGCUUCUACCAAUUUACAAUGGGGUUAAGCAGUCUUCUGGAAAAAUAUUAAAACACUUCCCCAAGUUUUAAUUUUGGAGGUUCCCUCAUAUAAAGCAUGUCUAAUAAACUGGGGGUCUCUGACUAAGGCCCUAUCAUAGAAAAGGCCAUUAAGGACCUCCAAGGGAACUCACCAUAAGUGAAAAAAAUGUGAAGCACACAAAAACUCUAAAUAUUAAAGGAGGGUCAUAUUUCCAUCAACUGUUUGGUGAGUGGUAAGAAAGUUCAUUUGAACUAGUCAUCGUUGGCAUAAGUUGUAUGAUCUGGGAGAAAAUAACAUAUGGGAAUGGAAGAAGCUUUAUCACUAUGCUAUAAUGCUUUAGGAUUCACACAGUCUAGCUCUGGGACCUCCUCUUCUUUCAGUUAAAAACAAAAGUGAUGUGUUCCUUUUCAUGUUCUUAAAAUCAGUAAUGUGGAUCUCUGAUUUUAAGAAUGGUGGUAUUAUAGGGGCGCCUGGGUGGCUCAGUCGUUAAGCGUCUGCCUUCUGCUCAGGUCGUGAUCCCGGGGUCCUGGGAUCGAGCCCUGUGUUGGGCUCCCUGCUCCGCGGGGCGGGAAGCCUGCUUCUCCCUCUCCCACUCCCCAUGCUUGGGUUCCUUCCCUCACUUUGUCUCUCUCUGUCAAAUAAAUAAAUAAAAUCUUUAAAAAAAAAAAAAGAAUGGUGGUAUUAUAUCAGCUCUGCUGCAUUCUUAUCCCAUCAACCUCAGGGCAUUGAGGAGUUCCAGCUCCAGGGACAUGGUGGCACAGCAGACAUGGCCUCUGAAGCAGAGUUGUAGCUUGACGUGAAACCACUGUGAAACUGCUGGGGCCUGAGUCCUCGAACUUGUCGCCAUAGUGACAAUGAUCAAGACGAUUAAUGAGUGCAUAAUAACAGCAUGGAAUUAUAUAUCUGUUGGAGGGGGAAGCCUAUCUAUCUCGAGUUCCCCAGAGUGGUCCCCAGGACGUUCCUCAGGCCCCUGGCCCUGGCGGUGCUCUCCAGCGCUGCGGUCUAUGUGCUGUCCCUGCUAGAAGCAUCCAAGUUUUAUUCUCAGCAAGCAGUCAGGGCUGUCCUUGAACUCAGCAUCAUCUUCAGACUCUGGACUUUACAAAAAGAAGUGAGGCGGCAGUUUGGGGCCACGGUGGCCACCAUGUUCUGCUGGGUGACAGCCACACAGUUCCACCUGAUGUUCUACUGCAUGCGGACGCUCCCCAACGUGCUGGCCUUGCCCGUGGUGCUGCUGGCCUUCACGGCCUGGCUGCCUGCAGCCUUCGCCAUCCUCGUGCUCAGGGCCGAGCUGAGCCUGUUCCUGGGCCUGGUGCUGCCGACACCGCUCUGCACCCGGAGGCUCUCCGUGGCAAAGGCCCUGCGCUGCGCCGUGCCGGCCGGGGCCCUCUGCUUAGGACCGACAGUCGCCGUGGACUCCUAUUUUUGGCGAUGUCUUGUGUGGCCGGAGGGAAAGGUGCUUUGGUACGACACCAUCCUGAACAGGAGUUCCAACUGGGGAACCUCCCCGCUGCUGUGGUAUUUCUACUCGGCCCUGCCCCGCGGCCUGGGCUGCAGGCUGCUCUUCAUGCCCCUGGGCGCCGUGGACAGGAGGGCCCUGGUGCUGCUGUCGCCCUCGCUGGGCUUCGUGGCCCUGUACUCACUGCUCCCGCACAAGGAGCUGCGGUUCGUCAUCUACACCUUCCCCGCGCUCAACAUCGUGGCCGCCAGGGGCUGCGCCUGCCUGCUGAACAAUUAUAAGAAGUCUUGGCUGUAUAAAGUGGGGUCCCUCCUCGCGAUAGGACACCUCGUGGUGAAUGCCACACACUCGACCACAGCCCUGGACGUGUCCCACUUCAACUAUCCUGGCGGUGUGGCCAUGAGGAAACUGCAUGAGUUGGUGUCCCCCAGGACAGAUGUCGUUCUGCACAUCGACGUCGCUGCCGCACAGACAGGCGUGUCUCGGUUUUUGGAGGUCCACGGUGCCUGGAGGUACGAGCAGAGGGAGGAUGUGCGGCCCGUGUAGGGGCAUAUGCGGGCUUACAAGCACCUCCUCGUGGAGGCCGCCCCUGCGCACCUGGCCCUCUACAGGGACACACACCGGGUCCUGGCCGGCAUCGCAGGCACCACCGGGGUGAGUCUGAACCUGAACGCACUGCCUCCCCUUAACGUCAACCUGAAGACAAAGCUGGUGCUUCUGGAGAGACUCCGUGGGCCUUCCUGAAAAGGGGCCAAUGUCCUUCCGAGGACAUCGGAGCUCCGUCAGCAUCCCGGCAGAUGAGACAGUACGAGGAACAACGGAACCACGGACGUGCCCUGGACGCAGGCCUGAGGGAAGAGGCCCAGCUCUUCCACGGCCACCCCGGACCACGCACGGUUAGAACAGCAGGGACGGCAGGCCUUGCCCCAUGCCUCGGCUGCCGGCCCUGGGCCUCUUGGAGCCCCCGAGGAAGCGCCCCCUUCGGGGAAGAGCAUGUGAGUCUUUGUGAAGGUGGACAGUGGGAGCCUCGGCGCCUGCUGACCGCGACCCCCACCCCCGCCCGAGCUGCAGGACGAGUCCUUUGUGGGCACAGGCAUGCCGUUUCCAUCUCAGAGGAAACUCUGGGCAAGUCACAGAGGAUCAAGAAUAAAAAUUUAAAU